GCUCUCAGCCAUGGCGACUUUGGCGCCCACAUCGGGAUUUCGCCUCGGCGGCAGCAUUUUUCAGGCGAAGACGCGGAGAUUUUCGCCGGUUCUUGUGUCGAGCAGGAGCGGCGGCGGCAAUGCGGCGUCGGACAUGGCAGUUUUUCUGGAGAUCGACGGAGUUGUGGCUGAUUUGCACAGACACGGGCAUCGGCAAAGCUUCAAUGUAGCUUUCCAGAGGCUGGGCCUCGACUGCGCGAAUUGGACUGAGCCUGUCUACCUUGAUCUUCUCAGGCAGGCAGGCAGUGAUGAAACGCAAAUGCUGACCACAUUUUUCGAUAGAAUUGGAUGGCCCAUGUCGCUGCCAACGAAUGAGAAGGACACAUUUGUAAGAAAGCUAAUGGAAUCCAAGCAACACGAACUGGAGACUCUGGCAGCAUCGGAUGCGAUUCCAAUUCGACCCGACUUAACGAGCUUUGUGGACGAGGCCAUGGGCGAGCUCGUUCCCGUUGUCUUCAUAUCUUCCUACAGCAAGAGCGGAGAGCGGGUUGCAAGACUGCUACUCGACAAGCUGGGAAUGGAGCGCCUCGACUACAUCAAGAUUGUUGGCUCGCACGAGGUGGAAAGCAGUGCGUAUGGACAAGUUGUCCUCGGCCUCGGCGUUUCUUCCUCUCCAGAUGAGCUCCUUGCCACCGAAGUCGCCAAAGCUGUUUCCAGCGAGAAGCAAAGGCUUGCCAGUGAGGUUGCUUCCACCUUGAAACUUAAAGUCGAUCUUGACACAACCUCUAGUGCACUAUUAAAGACAACAAUAGCAGCUCUAAGAGCCGCUGCUGAGACCGCUGGAGUGCCUAUCGAUCGGGGCAUCCUUCUGGCUGGUGCCUAUCUCGGCACAGAAGCAGCCAGUAGAAUCAGCCUUCCCUGCGUUGUUGUACGAAGCAGUUUAACGGCUAGAGCGGAGUUUCCCCUUGCUAGAGCAACACUGGAAGGCUUUGGAGCUGGAGCUAUAACUCUAAGUAGAUUGCGGAAGUACCUGGCUUGAAAUUCUACCCUGUAAGUUGUAAGCUAUGUCAAUAUACACGAGCUUGGGCUUUCUAAACCA